AUGGAGAACUUCACUGAUGAUGAAGUUAUGAUGAUGGCUAUUGCAUUUGAAGACGAAGAGGAAGAUGAGGAUCAAACUCCCCCUGCUAAAAAAAAGAAGUCGUGUCGUCGGUGGAACUUUCCAAAUUGCUUGGGUACUCUCGAUGGGAAGCACAUUUUUAUCAAAAAGCCUCCUAAUAGUGGUACAGAAUUUUAUAACAAUAAAGUGGACGUUGGGGCCAAAGGAAGAGAUAGUGAUGGCGGGAUUUUCGCAAAUUCAAAUUUAGGACAUGCAGUAGAAAACAACAAUCGGUCAGUGCCAUCAGAUUCUAUCUUACCUGGAACCGAUAUUGGAGCACCUUAUGUGAUUGUUGGAGACGAGGCGUUCCCGUUGAAAACAUAUGUUAUGAGACCAUAUCCAGGACAAGAUCUGAACAAUCAAAAACGGAUUUUCAACUAUCGGUUGAGUCGCGCCAGGAGAACAUCUGAAAAUGCUUUUGGUAUCCUAACACAGAAGUUUAGAAUUUUCAAUCGACGAAUGGAGUUAGACCCUGCAUAUGCAGAUAAAAUCGUGCUUGCCACAUGCAUACUGCACAAUUUUAUCCGUCAGUACGAUGGCAUGCAAGAUGUGCACAGUGGAGAAGGCCCAUCCCAUCAGCAUCAUUUAGAGCUCGCACAGUUAUCUAAACGAGGUGGAAAUUCGUCAAAAUCUGCUUUCCAAGUGCGAGAAAUCUAUGAGAAUUACUUCAAUUCUGAGGCUAGAGCAGUACCAUGGCAAAAUGAAUCAAUAAACAACUUAUAG